CACACUCCAUUUCAUUUUGUUUCCUUGGACGCACAAGCAAUCGACAAUAUGGAGGCUUCACAUAGGAAGCUCUCAGCAGCCGUCCUCCUCCUAAUCAGUAUGGCCGCAGAGAUGGGGCUAACUCAGGCGAAAGAGUGCUUGUUUCAGAGCGCCAAGUUCAGGGGUCCAUGCUACGCGUGGAGUGUGGGAAUCUGCAACGACAAGUGCUUGGACGAGGACAAAGCCAACACAGGCGGCAAAUGCCACGGCUGGGAGCUUAAAUGCAUGUGCAUCAAGCCGUGCUAGACGACAAGACACCGUUGGGUUCUCGAAUAACCGAGAAAACCAUGAAAAAAUUAUUAGUUUGUUUGUUUAAGAUUAUCUACUAAAUUUAUCGGUCAUUUAAUAAUGUUUUUUCUCUCAUAAUAAAUUAGUGAUCAAUAUGUUUUAUCAGCCAAGCGAAUAGUACCCAUUUUAUUUGAAUCAUAUGAGAAUAAAACCGUUACUGUUGCACAAAUCAAGAACAAUGAAGUUGAGAUUGUGUUUAAUUA